AUGGAUAAAGAGUCUCUAACGGCUCCGGUGAAAACCGCUGUCGACAAGUUUCAACUCGUUCCCGAAUUCCUCAAGGUUAGAGGAUUGGUGAAACAACAUUUGGAUUCUUUUAACUAUUUUGUUCAAACUGAUAUCAAGAAAAUCGUUCGCGCUAAUGAUCGAAUUCAAGCUACUAGAUAUCCGCAUAUUUAUAUAAGGUUUUUGGAUGUUAGAAUUGGCAAACCGUCAAUAACAAUGGAUGGUAGUGUUGAGGAUAUCAGCCCACAAACAUGCAGACUAUCCGACCGAACGUACGCGGCUCCAAUAGUGGUUGACAUUGAACAUACUCAAGGAAGUCCUGAUAACCUAAAAAAAGAGAUAAAGAGAAAUAUUAUCAUUGGAAAAAUGCCCAUUAUGUUGCGGAGUUGUUGUUGUGUUUUGUACAAUAGAGAUGAAGCUGAGCUUGCAAGACUUGGCGAGUGUCCCCUUGAUCCAGGAGGAUACUUUGUAAUCAAAGGGACUGAGAAGGUGAUUUUAAUACAAGAACAACUUUCGAAGAAUAGAAUAAUUAUAGACACCGACAAGAAGAAAAACAUUACUGCAUCUGUUACAAGUAGCACGGAGAAAAUAAAAACAAAAACUACCAUUUUGAUGGAAAAAGAGAAGAUGUGGUUAGAAUUGAAUCAAUUUCCAAAAAAGGUUCCUCUUAUGGUUGUAAUGAAAGCUAUGGGGAUGGAGAGUGAUCAAGAAGUUGUACAAUUGAUUGGAAGAGAUCCUCGUUACAGUUUGCUACUUUUGCCCUCCAUUGAGGAAUGUACAAAAAAUGGUGUAUUUACACAAGCCCAAGCAUUGGAGUACCUUGAUUCAAAAGCAAAACGUCCCAUGUUUCAAAACACGCAAGCUGAAAAGGAAGGAAGAGCAUUUUCUAUCCUAAGAGAUGUCUUUCUUGCAAAUGUACCGGUGCACGAAGAUAAUUUUCGGCCGAAAUGUAUAUAUGUGGCUGUUAUGAUAAGACGCAUAAUGGAUGCAAUUCUAAAUGAGGAUGCGAUGGAUGACAAGGAUUAUGUGGGGAACAAGCGAUUGGAGUUAUCUGGCCAGUUAAUCUCUCUUCUUUUUGAGGAUCUUUUUAAGUCUAUGACAACUGAUGUUAAGAUGGUGGCUGACAAAUUGUUGGAUAAGUCAGACAAGGCUAAAAAUUUUGACUUCUCUCGUAUACUUGUUAGUCGCGAUAAUAUCUCCCCUGGUUUGGAAAGGACUCUCUCAACUGGUAAUUUUGAGGUUAAAAGGUUCAGGAUGCAGAAAAGUGGAGUGACACAGGUGCUACAAAGGUUAUCAUUUAUAAGUGCUUUGGGUCAAAUGACAAGAGUCCAGCCACAGUUUGAGAAGUCCAGGAAAGUAAGUGGCCCUAGAGCUUUGCAGCCUAGCCAGUGGGGCAUGCUUUGUCCAUGUGAUACUCCUGAAGGUGAAGCCUGUGGACUAGUAAAGAACCUGGCUUUGAUGACUCAUGUCACUACUGAUGAAGAGGAAGCCCCCCUGAUUUCUCUGUGCUAUAGUUUGGGUGUUGAAAACAUGGAACAUCUCUCUGGAGAAGAGCUUCAUACACCCGAUUCCUUUCUUGUCGUUUUUAAUGGUUUGAUCCUUGGCAAGCACAGGAGACCACGGCGUUUUGCUACUGCAAUGAGAAAGUUGCGGAGAGCUUGUCUAAUUGGCGAGUUUGUGAGUAUCUACGUCAAUGAAAAGCAGUGUUGUGUUUACUUAGCUUCAGAUGGUGGUAGAGUUUGCCGUCCUCUUGUCAUUGCUGACAAAGGAAUAUCAAGAGUCAAAGCUUAUCAUAUGAAAGAGUUAAAGGAUGGAGUGUGCACAUUUCGUGACUUUUUACGUAGAGGCUUGAUUGAGUAUCUUGAUGUCAAUGAGGAAAACAAUGCUAUGAUUGCUUUAUAUGAAGAAGGUGCAACAUUAGAGACUACCCAUAUUGAGAUUGAGCCUUUCACUAUCUUAGGAGUUUGCGCAGGGCUAAUUCCAUACCCUCAUCAUAAUCAAUCUCCCAGAAACACUUAUCAGUGUGCAAUGGGAAAGCAAGCUAUGGGAAAUAUAGCAUAUAACCAGCUCCGACGGAUGGACACCUUACUUUAUCUAUUGGUUUAUCCUCAACGACCUUUGCUGACAACAAAAUCAAUUGAGCUGGUUGGAUAUGAUAAGCUUGGAGCAGGCCAGAAUGCCACUGUAGCUGUAAUAAGCUAUAGUGGUUAUGAUAUUGAGGAUGCAAUUGUCAUGAACAAGUCAUCUCUUGACCGAGGCUUUGGUCGUUGUAUAGUUAUGAAAAGGUAUGUUGCCGUUAGACAAAAGUAUCAGAAUGGCACGCAAGAUCGAAUAUUAAGGCCCAAUAGAGCUGCAGACCCAGGGGGAAAUAUGCAGAUACUUGAUGAUGAUGGAAUUGCUGCUCCUGGAGAAAUUAUUAAGCCAAAUGACGUUAUGGUAAACAAGCAAUCACCAAUUGAUACGCAGACUCAUGGAUCUAUAGCUAACUUGCCCGAUAGUGCAUACCGCUCCAGUAAUUCAACUUUCAGUAAAUGUCAUGGAGGUGAAGUAGUUGAUAGAGUAGUUCUUUGCAAUGAUAAAGAUAGCAACAUGUGUAUCAAACUUCUAGUCCGUCACACACGAAGGCCUGAGCUUGGUGAUAAAUUCAGUAGCAGACAUGGGCAGAAAGGUGUUUGUGGAACAAUUGUCCAGCAGGAAGACUUCCCAUUUUCUGAGAAAGGCAUUUGUCCAGAUCUAAUUAUGAAUCCUCAUGGGUUUCCAAGUCGAAUGACAGUUGGAAAGAUGAUAGAGCUUCUUGGAGGGAAAGCAGGGGUUUCAUGUGGUAAAUUUCAUUAUGGAAGUGCUUUUGGGGAAGCAAGUGGUCAUGCUGACAAGGUUGAAACCAUAAGUGAAACUCUUGUGAGACACGGCUUCAACUACAGUGGCAAAGACUUCAUUUAUUCAGGUAUUACGGGUUGCCCAUUACAAGCAUAUAUUUUUAUGGGGCCAAUAUACUAUCAGAAGUUAAAACAUAUGGUGCUCGAUAAGAUGCAUGCUCGUGGUAGUGGCCCUCGUACCCUACUAACUAGACAGCCUACAGAAGGAAGAGCUAGAAAUGGAGGUCUACGAGUAGGAGAAAUGGAACGUGAUUGCUUAAUUGCGUAUGGUGCUAGUAUGUUGAUUUUUGAGCGACUCAUGUUAUCGAGUGAUCCUUAUGAAGUUCAGGUGUGUAGAAAGUGUGGGUUGUUAGGGUAUUACAACCAUAAGUUGAAAACAGGUGUUUGUUCAUCUUGUAAGAAUGGAGACCAGAUUUCUACAAUGAAGCUACCAUAUGCAUGCAAACUCUUGAUUCAGGAACUCCAAUCAAUGAAUAUUGUUCCACGCUUAAAACUAGCGAACGCCUAA